CUCAAAAUAUCAGCCAUCUCUAGCCAGUUAGAAGAAAAUUGUACAAUUCCAAAAUUUAAAAAGCAAAUCUGUUCGCAUCUAUUCGGAUCUUCGGCGGUCGUCGCAUGCAAGUUAAUGGCGAAGAUUGCUGAGCAGAAACAUGGCGGUUUAUGCCUAGUCCUUUUCUCUCUGCAGUUUCUAUUCUGGCUAGCGAAAGGCGAUGUUUAUAUGCACAACCCAAGAGGUUCAAAUAACCGAUUAAACGAACAAAAUAACAACAGAAACAACGCUAACAGACUCUUUGAUUCACAGAAUAACAACAGAGGUGGUUACAAUGUCGGAAACAAAUACCAAAGUGACCGGAAAUCAUAUCUGACCGUGGAAUGGACGAAUCAACACGGCUGUGGUGAUAACGAUCUCAACUGUAACAUCGUUUUGCAAUACAAGUGUCAGCCACAAAAUACGCCAUCAGCUUUUAAACUAAGAAAUGGUUAUAACACGCAGUCGCAGUCAGAAAAUGGCGCCAGCUACCACCUUGGGUUGCAUGAGCGUUACGAAUGGUACAAAGAAUGUAAAACAAGGCAACGCAACAAAGGGUUGUUUCUCGCGGAUCAAAAUCCACGUGGAGACACGAGUAUUUACACACGACAAAAUCCGGGUGGUACUCGAAGCGGCUACGAAUGCCCCGAAGAACGGGAUUACUAUCCGUACUGGCACCCGACUCCCUGGAAGGAUGAGGCUAUUUACGUGAAAGACAAGAAGACUGCAGUUUUUACGAAAGGGAAAGCUUCAACGAAAGACUACGAGGUAUGCUCAAUCGCGAAAUUUUAUGGACGGAGGGAGCAAUUUGGUCAAAGUAGAAUCGAUCUUCAACUGGCCGUCAAUACGGCACAGUUCGGCCGAACAUUCCAAGAUCGUUCGCACACCUUCUUGCUGCAGACACGACCCACGGGCCUGGACGACAAAAUCAUACAUAACAUUAACGUGCGUGGAAAACGCGGUAAUAUCGUGCAGGUUUACCCAGGAGUCGAAUACGACUUUGUCCCGAAGCGUGCGAGAAUUAAAUCUGACCAUUUGGUGCACUUUCAGUGGGCUGGUGCGAACACAAACCCAAAUAACAAUGAUGGUCAGGGAAGGGCAGGCACGGAUCGUCACAACAUCGUCCAGAUGGCGUCGACGGAUAUUAGCUAUCCAUCGACCGAAUUAGGUAGCAUGAUGCAGAAUGCCAAAAUUGUUUAUCGGGAUCCCAAGACCCAGUCGACAACAACGACAAGCAAGGACCUCGCAGUAUUGCUUGCAACCGCCGGUAACUUCAAGACAGAGAGAGUAAUGUCUGUUUUCAAUUUUCAACGAAACCACAAAACUAAGCUUAAAGCUUACGCGGAACUUGAUUAUUACCCGCCAUCUUUUAGUGCUCCUCUCCUUCAACUUAGCAGAGGAACCUACUAUUUCAUGUGCACCCGAAAUAAUAAUUUUUCAAACCGUAGCCAGAAAGCUCGUCUCAUCGUGGCUUGAAAUAGCUCCAAGAGGAUGUAUUGAAAUUCACUUGACUUAUAAAAUUUAAUCUUGCACGCGAUGUAGUGAAUACCUAAAUACGUUUUUCAAAGACCGGCAUAUAGCCAUAUUUGUUAUUUAGUCUCUCACAAACCAAGGUGUUCGUUUAAUUGUAAUUG